AUGAACCGGCAGCUAGUGAAAAUUUUGACUACCUUGUUUGCAUUUUUCUUAGAGGCAAACCACUUCAGGACGACUUUCUGUAAAGAACAUGAUUCAAGAUCUGGAAAAUCCCCCUCACAGACCCUGUCUCCUUCAGAUUUUUUGGACAAAUUGAUGGGAAGGACAUCGGGGUAUGAUGCUAGAAUCAGACCAAAUUUUAAAGGUCCUCCUGUAAAUGUUACCUGCAACAUAUUUAUCAACAGCUUUGGUUCAAUAGCAGAAACUACAAUGGACUACAGAGUGAACAUUUUUUUGAGACAGCAGUGGAAUGAUUCACGUCUGGCUUACAGCGAAUAUCCUGAUGAUUCCCUGGAUUUGGAUCCCUCUAUGUUGGAUUCUAUUUGGAAGCCAGAUUUAUUCUUUGCCAAUGAGAAGGGAGCAAAUUUCCAUGAUGUCACAACAGACAACAAGUUGCUGAGGAUUUCUAAAACUGGAAAGGUGUUGUACAGUAUCAGGCUUACUUUAACCUUGUCCUGUCCCAUGGACUUGAAGAAUUUUCCUAUGGAUGUACAGACAUGUACAAUGCAACUGGAGAGCUUUGGCUACACCAUGAAUGACCUGAUAUUUGAGUGGCUAAGUGAUGGACCUGUGCAAGUUGCAGAGGGUUUAACCUUGCCACAGUUUAUUUUGAAAGAAGAUAAAGAACUUGGUUAUUGCACAAAACAUUACAACACUGGAAAGUUUACAUGCAUUGAAGUCAAGUUUCAUUUGGAGCGUCAGAUGGGAUACUAUUUAAUCCAGAUGUACAUUCCUAGCCUGCUGAUUGUCAUUUUAUCCUGGGUUUCUUUCUGGAUCAACAUGGAUGCUGCUCCAGCCAGAGUUGCACUGGGUAUCACUACAGUUUUGACAAUGACCACCCAAAGCUCAGGAUCGAGAGCUUCCCUCCCAAAAGUCUCCUAUGUAAAAGCUAUUGACAUAUGGAUGGCUGUGUGUCUUCUCUUUGUCUUUGCUGCUUUGCUGGAAUAUGCAGCAGUCAACUUCGUUUCUCGGCAGCACAAAGAGUUUCUGAGGCUUCGAAGAAGGCAAAGAAGACAAAACAAGGAAGACGAAGUUGCUCGUGACAGUCGAUUCAAUUUCAGUGGCUAUGGCAUGGGCCACUGCCUCCAAGUCAAAGAUGGCACAGCAGUCAAGGCUACACCACCCAACCCACCUCCGGCACCACCAAAGGAUUCAGAUUCCAUCAAAAAGAAGUUUGUUGACCGUGCAAAAAGGAUUGAUACAAUAUCCCGUGCUGCGUUCCCACUCGCCUUCCUCAUUUUCAACAUAUUUUACUGGAUUACAUACAAAAUUAUACGGCAUGAGGACAUUCACAAGAAAUAG